UUGGAGGAACAAGAAACGACAACGAAUCGCUUACGCCCUGUUAUGAAGAAAUAUAGAUAAACGUUGUUUUGUUUUGCUUCCUUCUUUGGAAUUGCUAACUCCGAGGCUCCUUCUCUUUCUAUCUCUUCAUUCAUUUCUCUACCAGCCGAUUCAACUGGGGUUGCGGCUUAAGAUUUUUCAUUUCGGCGGGUCGUAUUUGCUGAAACCGACUCCCCUGAUCUGGGUUUGUGAUUAGGUGCAUAGUUUUGAAAGAUGAGUAAGCUGGAUGCGACCCGAGCAGAACUUGCUCUUCUAGUUCUGUAUUUGAAUAAAGCAGAAGCUAGAGACAAAAUAUGUAGAGCUAUACAGUACGGUUCCAAAUUCUUGAGUAACGGUGAGCCUGGUACUGCACAGAAUGUCGACAAAACUACCAGCUUAGCUCGAAAAGUUUUCCGUCUUUUCAAGUUUGUGAAUGAUCUGCACGCUCUUAUUAGUCCAACUCCUCAAGGAACUCCCCUUCCUCUUGUUCUGCUGGGAAAGUCCAAAAAUGCAUUGCUAUCGACUUUUCUAUUCCUCGACCAAAUCGUUUGGCUCGGUAGAACAGGCAUCUACAAAAAUAAGGAACGCGCUGAUCGUAUUGGAAGGAUUUCUUUGUUCUGUUGGAUGGGCGCGUCAUUCUGUACCGUGUUAGUUGAGCUUGGAGAGAUCGGGAGGCUAUCAGCUGCAAUGAAGAAGCUGGAGAAGGAUCUCAAGGAUAAGAAGAACAAUCAACAGGAAGUGUGUUAUCAUGAAGACGAUAAAUACCGUGCAAAUCUUAAAAAAUCAAAUGAAAGGACCUUGGCCCUGGUUAAAGCAUCCAUGGAUUUAUUGGUCGCUGUCGGACUACUUCAGUUGGCACCGAAGAAAGUUACUCCACGUGUCACGGGCGCUUUAGGAUUUGUUAGCUCACUGAUCUCUUGCUAUCAGUUGCUUCCUCCGCCAUCGAAACCGAAGGCGUCGUGAAGAAGGAAGGGGAGAUGCCUCCCUCAGGAAGGUGAUUUGAAUGAAAUAACCAGUUGAAUUGGUGUGUUGUUAUAAUGGCAUAUGGUGUUUUUUUUUAUGUAGUCUGCAGUCCCCUUAGAAGGGUAGGGUGACCUUCAAAUGUCUCUUUGAUAACAUUAUUCCCUUAAAAUAAAUAGAUGCUGUUGUUCUUUUGCGUCCUUAAA